CUGACAUAGAAUCUGUUGUGGAACUGUACAGUCCGAUAGUAUAGUAAAAUAACUUUAACAGUAUAGUAACUAAUAGUAAAGUAACUUUAACAGUAUAGUAACUAAUAGUAAAAUAACUUUAACAGUAUAGUAACUGAGGAGUAAAGUAACUUUAACAGUAUAGUAACUAAUAGUAAAAUAACUUUAACAGUAUAGUAACUGAGAUAGUAAAGUAACUUUAACAGUAUAGUAACUGAGAUAGUAAAGUAACUUUAACAGUACAGUAACUAAUAGUAAAAUAACUUUAACAGUAUAGUAACUGAGAUAGUAAAGUAACUUUAACAGUAUAGUAACUAAUAGUAAAAUAACUUUAACAGUAUAGUAACUGAGGAGUAACUGUCCAGAAUGAUGAUACUCCAUGUUGUCUCCUGCUGUCUCCUCUCAGCUCUGUGUGUUGUGGAGUCAGCUGGCAUGAAUGUGAAGGAAGUGGUAGGAGGACAUGUCACUGUGGGCUGCUCGUUCACUUUGGCAGGGAACAACAACAAAUACUUCUGCAAGGGGACAUGUUCUGGUAGAGACAUUCUGGUUGAAACUAAGGGGAGCAAGACUGUAACUCAAGGUAGAUACAGUAUAGAAGACUUAAGGAAUGGAGUCUUCUAUGUGACCAUCAAGAACCUGAUGAAGUCAGACUCAGGGACCUACUGGUGUGGAGUGGAGAGAUCUAUAAAGAACACAUUCCAAGAGGUGCAUCUCACAGUUACAGAUGCUCCUCCCACUUCUACACCGUCACCUGUCACCUCCAGAUCCCAUGUCUCCACAACCCUCCCAAACCUCUCUACAACAUCCUCUCACCUCACCACAACCCUCCCAAACCUCUCUACAACAUCCGCUAACCUCUCCACAACGUUUCUGGCAUCUGGAGAUAUCAGUGGUCCCUCUUCAUCAAGAGCAGGUACAGAAAUGAAACCAUUCGACUCGCUCUGGACGCUCUGGACGAUAUGGUGCGUGCGCAGAGAUCACUGUCUGUCUAUCUGUCUGUCUAUCUAUGUUUCUGUAUAUCUGUCUGUCUAUCUAUAUGUCUGUCUGUCUGUCUGUCUGUCUGUCUGUCUGUCUGUCUGUCUGUCUGUCUGUCUGUCUGUCUGUCUGUCUGUCUGUCUGUCUGUCUGUCUAUCUAUGUUUCUGUAUAUCUGUCUGUCUGUCUGUCUGUCUGUCUGUCUGUCUGUCUGUCUAUGUUUCUGUAUAUCUGUCUGUCUGUAUAUCUGUCUGUCUGUCUGUCUGUCUGUCUAUCUAUCUAUCUAUCUAUCUAUCUAUCUAUCUAUCUAUCUAUCUAUCUAUCUAUCUAUCUAUCUAUCUAUCUAUCUAUCUAUCUAUCUAUCUAUCUAUCUGUCUGUCUGUCUGUCUGUCUGUCUGUCUGUCUGUCUGUCUGUCUGUCUGUCUGUCUGUCUGUCUGUAUAUCUUUCUGUCUAUCUAUGUUUCUGUAUAUCUGUCUGUCUGUCUGUCUAUCUAUGUUUCUGUAUAUCUGUCUGUCUAUCUAUUUGUCUAUCUAUUUGUCUGUCUGUAUAUCUGUCUGUCUAUCUGUCUGUCUGUAUAUCUGUCUGUCUGUCGAUCUGUCUGUCUGUCUGUCUAUCAAUCUGUCUGUCUGUAUAUCUGUCUGUCUGUCUGUAUAUCUGUCUGUCUCUCUAUCUGUCUAUCUCUCUGUCUAUCUGUCUAUCUAUAUGUCUGUCUGUCUGUCUGUCUAUUUAUCUGUCUGUAUAUCUGUCUGUCUAUCUGUCUAUCUAUAUGUCAGUCUGUCUGUCUGUCUAUCUGUCUGUCUAUUUAUCUGUCUGUAUAUCUGUCUGUCUAUCUGUUUGUCUGUCUAUCUGUCUGUCUGUCUGUCUGUCUAUGUGUCUAUCUAUAUGUAUGUCUGUCUGUCUGUCUAUCUGUCUGUAUAUCUGUCUGUCAAAUCAAAUCAAAUUUUAUUUUUCACAUACACAUGGUUAGCAGAUGUUAAUGCGAGUGUAGCGAAAUGCUUGUGCUUCUAGUUCCGACAAUGCAGUAAUAACCAAUGAGUAAUCUAACCUAACAAUUCCUAAACUACUGUCUUAUACACAGUGUAAGGGGAUAAAGAAUAUGUACAUAAGGAUAUAUGAAUGAGUGAUGGUACAGAGCAGCAUAGGCAAGAUACAGUAGAUGGUAUCGAGUACAGUAUAUACAUAUGAGAUGAGUAUGUAAACAAAGUGGCAUAGUUAAAGUGGCUAGUGAUACAUGUAUUACAUAAGGAUGCAGUCGAUGAUAUAGAGUACAGUAUAUACGUAUGCAUAUG